ACCCCACUGAACACUUCUUAGCCCUGGAUAUUUGGGACAAAAAAUUAAAAAGAAAACUUGAAUAUGGACUACACAGCAAUGCUACUGCUGCUAGUGCUUAACAUCACUGGAGCAAUCUGUGCAGUGGUGCAAUGGACAGAAUUAAAUGAAGCAAAGGCCUAUCUGAAGCAGUUUGGAUACCUGAAUGACCCCGCUGAUCCACAGGACCCUCAUUACCUGGAGGAGAUCAUUGAAGCUCUCAAGGUUUUCCAGAGGGUGAAUGAUCUGCCACCUACUGGAGAAUUAGAUGAAGCUACAAUGGAUGUGAUAAGGCAGCCACGCUGUGGCAUUGAGGACCCCUUCAACAAGAAACAUCACAAAUACAGAAUGUUGGGUCGCUGGAGAAAGAAGAGUCUGACCUACCGCAUCCACAACUACACGCCUGACAUGAAGAAGACAGACGUCACAAUGGCCAUCCGUGCUGCCUUCAAGUACUGGAGUGAUGUGACUAAUUUAACCUUCAGAGAGAUCCACUAUGGCAGAGCGGACAUAAGGAUCUCCUUCCAUAGGAAAGAUGGCACCUGCUCUGUCCCAUUUGAUGGCCGUGGUCAUGUACUGGCCCAUGCUGAGUCACCAGAAUCUGGCAUUGUUCAUUUUGAUGAGGAUGAGUUGUGGACCGAGGGAUCAUAUUAUGGUACUAAUAUACGUAUUGUAGCUGCCCAUGAAAUUGGCCAUGCACUCGGCCUGGGUCACUCUGAGUUCAGAAGCGCUCUGAUGGCUCCGGUCUACUCUGGUUACCGCGAUAACUUCAGGCUCCAUCGGGAUGAUGUCAGAGGCAUCCAAGCACUAUAUGGUAAACCCAUCGCCAGCACUUCAGGCAGCACCAUGAGCCCAACAACUCUAUUCCCCACAGACAGCAGCCAUGGUACCGGGAGCAUCCCUGACCCCUGCACUGCCACGCUGGAUGCCAUCAUAUUAGGUCCAUGGAAGAAAACCUUUGCGUUCAGUGGUGAUUACGUGUGGACAAUCUCUGACAUGGGACACAACGUACCAAUGAAGAUUAACCUGCUGUGGAGGGAUCUCCCCGGAAACCUGAAUGCUGCUGUGCACUCUCAAAGAACCAACAAGACCUACUUUUUUAAAGAAAAUAAAGUGUGGAGGUAUACCAACUUUGUGCUGGACAGUGGCUACCCAAAACCGGUCAAACGGAUCCCUGGUAAUAUCGAUGCAGCAUUUUACCUGGAGAGGAACAAGAAGCUGGUCUUUAUCAAGGGUUCAGAGUACUGGCAGUGGGAUGAGCUGAAGUACACCAACUUGGCCCUAUACCCCAAACCGCUCUCUAUGCUCUUCACCGGAGUGCCACCCAGUCCUGACGCAGCCUUUACUUGGACCAACGGCAAGAUCUUCAUCUUUAAGGGAGACGAGUACUGGCGCAUGAACGAGCUGCUGAGAGCCGACAGAGGAUACCCACUGAGCAAGAAGGAGCGUUGGAUGCGGUGCUAAGGGUCAACCAUCAGGGGGCAGCAGGCACCAAGAGGUCCUCAGCAAAGAGGAGGGGUGCUGGUUCCACUCCAUGGGCAUUGACAACCAGACAACCUCAACAGGAUGAUAGAUUGUAAAUCUACUGCGGAAUUGAUUUAAUUUCACUGGAUCUGAUUUAAAUCAACAUAACCCUGUCCUCUGCAGCAGUUUGUGAGGCUUAGUUCUUGAGCACAAAUGUGUGUUUUUGUGACUGUGAGAAUUAUGUAAGCUUUUGUAUAAACUCAGGGAGAGACCAAGGGAGGCCUUUCUGUUUUUCUCUCUAACAUAUGUGUUGGAUUAUGUGUCUUAAUACUUUCAGUAAGAUGUAAUAUGACGAUGGGAGUGUGCACUUUCUGUUCAGACAUUUUGUUUAACCAAUUAACAAGGCAUUUCGAGCGCGUUCGGUGCUGUUAAGUGUUACUAAACACUUCAAUUAUCUCAUGAAUCACGCUCAUCUGCAAUAAAUCAUUGAUUCUCUUAAGUGUAAAUGUAGCAUUUUAUACAAUAAAUAAAGUGUCAGCUGUCAAAAGUG